UAGCCAAAUCGGUGUGUGCUUGUGUUUCUAAGUUUCCCUAUGUUCUACAGAUGUACAAAUAUAGUAUUGAUUAAAAUUGUUUGCGACUUUCUAUGGGUGUUUCCAGACUAUGAAUCUACCAGGCAUUUUACGUCAUACUUUCUAAUGAUUGUUUAAAAUGUUUCCCUUUUCCCUGCCACUAAUAUUAUCUCUACUGCUGGCAGAAGGUCAUUGUUGGAAAGCAAACUGUCAACAAGUAUACAACAGCGAUCUAAGCGAUCCAUGCAAUUUGAGUGACCACAUCAGUAACAUUCCUUCGUGCCGUGAAAAUGUAAAUAUAUAUACAAAAUACGCCUGUAACAAAUUCUCUGACUGUUGUUGGGACAAAGCGGCCAACCCGCCAUGUUUCAAAAAACCAGUUAAAUGCUACGUCGAUCUACGACCAGAGAAGUGCAUUCGUAGUCCAAUUGGCGGAAUCAAUCAAAUAUACACUGGUUACUCCGCCGAUGGAACUCGAUGUUUUGUUGGCACGUUGCCAAUAGUCGAGCCGCGCAUUAAGAAAUUGCUUCGAUAUGAAAGCAACUUAGGAUUUAAGAUACCUAGUCCUAAAGAAGAUCUUUGUAGAAGCAGUUGGACGGUUAAUGUGACAAACAUCGGUGGAGGGCGAUGUAGUGUCAAUUUGUACAGCAUCAGCUCCUAUGUGGGCAUUCCUAACGAUACUACUGUGAAUGGUACCGUGCUGUUGGACAGCGCAUGCAUUGUCUUGAGUCCGGAAAAUCACCUCUACGCAUUUGCUUUUAACAGCAGUGGAAGCAAAAUAGACAAGAAAUGUAUGUGUACUGUGGAUGUUUGGACAGAAUCAUCUAAUAAAUAUCUAGUUGAUUCAAAACAAGUUCAAAAUUAUCUCAAAAGAGAAAAGAACAGAACAACAUGCUCACAAAUUCUUGGCAUCAUGCUCUGGCCAUCUUGGAGAAACAGGAUUAAACCUGUUAAUUUUGGUGAGGUGGAUGCUGUGAUUAAUGCAUUCACCAACCUCACAAGUAUUAAGAUUUCCGAUGUUCAUAAAUUUUUAGACAACGCAAAUGUUCUUUUGGAUAGCACAAAAAAAAUUGCUAGCUAUCAGUUUUAUGAAGGAAUGGGUAAUGAUUCUGGUGGCAAACUUAUUGAGAAAACAGCAAAGGGCAUCAGCAAUCUCUUAAUACAGUGGAAAAGCAUUCAAAAAAUUAAACAAAAAGAUGAAGUCUCUGAGAGCUUAUUUGAAAGAACAAGUAUGGUAGAAAAACCAACAACGAAUGAAUCACAUGUGCGUACAUUGAUGUUUGAUACAAUGGAAUCUAUUACACAAUCAAUUGCAAAAAGGUUACUUCCACCUGAUAAUGGAUCAGAACUUUUGAUCAAGGCUUCAGAAAGCCAAGUUGAUGUACAAGUAACAUUGUCAACUAACCCAACAAGUUUGGUUAACCAAACACAUUCUGAGUUGAGCAGAACCAAUAAUGUUACAGUCAUUAUGUACCCUGCUACAAACAGCUCAACAAAUGAUAUCAGAAGUUUUGCUGUGAUUUCUGUCUUUUAUGAUUUUCCCUGGUCCUCUGACACCGAUAGAGUAAGCAGCUACAUGUCAGUCAAUGCAAGAAAUUACGUCAAAGGAGACGUACACACAGUUUCCGUUCCAGUUCGUUUUUCUCUUUUACGAGGUCCAACAAGAAAGAAUGCAAAACUUUAUUACAGACCUGUGUGUGCUUUUUUAGUUCCCAACUCUCAAGAAGAGGAGUGGGAUACAUAUGGUUGCACUGCAAUACAAGACAAAGAUUAUGUAACAACUUGUGAGUGUAAUCACACAACACACUUUGCUAUUCUGAUGAAAGCUUUUGGAGAUGAGCUUCCUGAACCUUUUAACAAAUCCUUGGAAGUUUUAUCCAUGAUCCUGAGUGCAAUCUCUAUCGCUCUGUUAUCCGUCACCAUUCUGAUCUUUAUCACUUACCGGAGGGUCCUUCUUAAAGAUCGGAUGUUGAUUCAUUUCCAUCUAAUAAUUGCUCUGCUAGGAGGAUAUGUAUCUUUGUUGGUUGGUUCAGCAUUUGCAACGCACAAUGAGCAACCAACCAUUCCAUGUAUAAUAAGUGCGAUGGUGUCUCAUUAUUUCUUUCUUGUCGUCUUUAUGUGGUCACUGGUUGAAGGGGUUUAUUUAUUCUACAAAAUCAUCCUCGUUUUCCACAAAAAAUCUAUUGAAUGUUUGCAACGUUUUGCUCCUUUAGUUGGUUGGUUGACCCCUGCACUUGUGGUGAUCGUUGCUUUUAUUGUUUCGAGGACAACUUGUGAUGAUUAUUCAGUGGAAAAGAAUUCCACAUACAUAGAUCAAUAUGCAAAUGCUACCACCUGCUUUCUUACUUCCCACAAUGGUAUGAUAUGGUCCUUCCUUGGUCCAGUACUCUUCAUAAUUGCUUUAAACAUGGUUGUCCUUGUUCGUGUUUCCAUGGUUAUAUACACUUCAGCAUACACAUCCACCAGACUAUCAGCCAUAGGGAACUCAUGUCGAAUUUCCAACUCCUUAAAGAGAUCGUCACGAGGGGCACUUAUUCUUAUGCCAAUUCUUGGCAUUCCAUGGAUAGUGGGCUUAUUGGCUAACUUAUAUGCUAACAAUAGCAAUGUUGGUAUGGUGGUUGGAACAUUUGGAUCCUAUCUACAAGUUCUGUUGGUUGGAGGGCAAGGUAUUGCUGUGUUCGUCUUCUACUGCUUCUACAACUCAGAAGUCAGGGGUGCAUAUAUGUUAGCUGCCAAAAAAAGGAAGUCGGAAGACAGCUUGGAUGCUGCAAGGCGGAAAAAGAACAGAGCUUCCUCCGAUGUACAAAGAGCGGGGAUUUAUAUGUCUAUGGAAAGGUUGUCAGUAUCUACACUAAACCUAUUGAACAUUAGACGAUCCACAAACGGCAGUAUCAGAGACAAACAGUCCUAUAAAAUAGGAGCUGAAAAAGCAACCACAAACUUUUAAAUCAAUUGUAACCAGAUUCCUUUUAUGUUUGCUUUCAUUCUGCUGUAUUCGCAAUACCUUAAUUUCUGUCCUUUGCGUGUAUUUCAAUUCGCACUUAUAUAUAGUAGAUUGGUGGAAGACGGGACACCUUUAGCACAUAAUACCCAAAUAUUCUUAAAAUUUAAACAAUUAACAACGCAGUUAUUUAAUGCUAAGUGGAAUGAGAAAAUAAAAUAAAAAGAUCUCCUAUCUUCUUCUACCUUACUAUUUCCUAAGUAUUUUUGAACUUGUUUUAUAAAUAAAAUUUAUAUGUUUCAAUU